CAGUCCCUUGCUCACACCACGACCACCACCACAGCCAAACACCAACCCAGACUCGUCUUCUCCCCACGUCGAUCCAACGACAACGCAAGCUUACUCGCCUGCCCUGUUGCCUGCCCUGCCCUGCAUGCUGCUGCUGCUGCACAUUGGUCAUUCGAAUGGCGAUGACAUCAGCUGCUGUUCGGUUGGGGCUCGCUUUCAUAGUCGUGCAAUUUGCGGCCAUGGGUCCUGUCAAAGCAGAGGGAAACUGCGCGGGUCGUUGUGUGCAAGUUACCCUCGGAGACUGCUCCUGCACCUCAUCCUGCCAAGCCCUGGACAGCUGCUGCCCUGAUUUUGCUCAUCGUUGUUUGGAAAUUUCCCCAAAAUCAGGAUGUCACGUGGGCGGAGACGACUUAAAAAUCAUCAACAUUCGCUUCAAUAGGACCCAAGGCGUCAUCUGCCGGUUUGGCGAGGACAAAGUGGACGUGGGCGGCCACUUGGACGGAGAUGGACACGCGCACUGCGUCUCCCCGCUCGUCUACGAGACGAGACGCAUCACCUUCCAGCUGUCCGUGGACGGGGGACUCAGUUUCCCUCACGAGGGCACCUGGGUGGCAGUGCAUCCCGGCAAGGUGAAAGGAGGUGCUGCCGCGCAGAUGCACAACUCCACGCACUGGCAGUACUACGGCACGCCGGGCGUCGGGGGCAAGCUGACUCUGAACUGGAACGCGAGCAAGUUGCGUUCGCCGGCAGUCAACGUGGAGGUGUGGGGCUACAGGGAGACGGGCGAGGCGUACGGCGCGGCGUGGGUUGCCCAGUGGCUCUACCUGUACACGUUGGCUCGGGACGUCGCCAACAGCGGCUCGUUCACCUUCCUGCCGAAACCAGCGCUGCCCGAGUUCUCCGUCUACGAGUUCGGCAUGCUCCGGAUCGCGUCCAGCAAUUACAGCGACGGGCAACCGAAUGUGCUGGCGGCGUGGAGUGACGAUCACGCGAUGGCGUGGCACUUGGAGGAGAAGUUCCGUGCAGAUCCAGCUGCCUGGGCGCUGCAGAAGUGCCUGGCUUGGAAUGAGAAUGAGACGUCCAUACUUCCCCCUUUCCUCCCCGAGAUCGCCGACUGUCCUUGCACUUUGGCCCAGGCGCGGGCGGACACUGGCCGAUUCCAGGCGGACUACGGAUGUGACAUUGAGAAGGGCAGCAAGUGCACGUACCAUCCAGGGGCUGUCCACUGUGUGAGGGCCAUCCAAGCAAGCCCCCGCUACGCGGCGGGGCAGCAGUGCUGCUACGACGCUCGCGGCGUGCAGCUGCUCACCGUGGACUCCGUGGGGGGCGGUACGCCGGACCGCGGCCACGACUGGGGCUCGCCGCCCUACCGGCGCCCGCCGCGAGUGCCCGCCGCCUCGCACUGGCUCUACGACGUCGUCACCUUCUACUACUGCUGCCUGUGGUCGGACAACUGCGAUUACUACCUGCACCAUCGGCCCUCCAGCGACUGCAGAGCCUACGUGCCUCCAAAAAUCGGCUCGGCUCUGGGGGACCCUCACUUCCUGACGUUCGGCAACCUCAGCAUCACGUUUAACGGGCGUGGGGAGUACACGCUGCUGGAAGCCGCCUCGCAUUCCCUCGUGGUCCAGAUCCGCACCGACGUGGCCCACGACCCGGACGGCAACGCUGUCAAUGCCACCGUCAUCACGUCGGCGGCCAUGCGGGAGAACGGCUCCGAUCUGGUGGAGGUGCGGGUGCAGCGCGAGUCCGUGGCGCUGCAGGUGCUGCUGAACGGGGGCGCUGUCACCUUCGAUGAGCAGGACUGGAUGGACCUGCACGGUGUGUUCGUCAACUCGGUCGUGAUGAGCAACGUGACGGUGAUGUUCCCCUCGGGCGCGGCCGUGGAGGUGCGCCUGAUGCCCGGCUCGCUCGCCGUCAGUCUGCUGCUGCCCCGAAACUUCUCGGGACAAACGCGAGGCCUGCUGGGGGUACUGGAUGGUGGCCUCUCCUUCCCCGACGGCACGACCCUGCCAGAGGAUGCCUCACCCGAACAAAUGUACAGCUUCGGCGCCUCCUGGGCAAUAGACAACUCCAGCACGCUCUUCACCUACGACUCGCAAGAUCUCUUGGAUCGCUACUACCACCAGCCGCGACACGACCCGGCGUUCCGUCCCGAGUUCCGGCCGGUGGCAGGAGGCGGCGGCGGCCCGUCGCCUCCCGUAGUGGCGCAGCUCUGCGGCCCCGACGAACUGUGCAAAUUCGACGCGGCCGCCACCUCGAGCCUGAGCGCCGCCAACGCCACGCUGCUCGCUCAUCGGUGGCACCAGGGCGUGGUGCGAGACCUCACUCCGGUGGUAAGCUGCGGCGUUCUUCUGGCUCCGAAGCACGGCAGCAAGGAGGGCACGGUGUACUUGGAGGGUGGGCGCCUCACGUUUGCGUGCGAUUCCGGCUACGUGCUCAGCGGGUCCAGCGCGCGCGAGUGCCAGCCCCACGGGCGGUGGUCUGGUCAGGACGUCUCCUGCGUGACCGACAAUACGCUGGCGAUCGUGUUGGGAUGUGUCUUCGCUGUUCUGGUGCUGGCCAUUGCAGGAUUUUUCAUAUACAAGCAGCUUCGGAUGCGGCACAAGUGAAUCGACGACAGAGUGUUGCGGACUUCAUGGGUGGAUCCAUACUUUCUUGCCAAGAGGUUUUCGGCCGCACGGUUGCCGAGAUAUAUCAGCGGGGCUGCGAUGGCAGCAUUGUAGCGGUGACUCGGCCUGCACAUCACUACGUGAAACAACGGAAUGUGUAAAUGAAAGCAUUAAUUGUAAGUGUUAAUUCAGUACGUGGGAUUCUGUGUGGGGGAGGGGGGGGUUGGAAUUGGGAGGGUAUAAAUGAUGCAUCAAAUUGCGGGCGCGGGGGAAUGGAUGUUUUUCGAUUCGUGUGCAUUGUACGCCAAGGGUGAUUGUGACCUCUGGAAGCUCCUGGAGGACGUUACAAUUUUCAAUUGACCGCAUGGUAAAAAAAACAACAACGCAACAUUGCAUUUCUGUGGGAAUUGUGGGGUGAAUUUUUACACUUGUAGAGCGGGAGUGCAUGGCUGGUGGGUAGAUCGCACACAGCCGCUCCUGGGAAAAGUGCCUCUUACUGUUAUUUUAAAGGCAGUGGGGGGGGGGGGGG